AUGGAGCUUGCCUUGUUGUGUGGGAUGCUGGUGAUGGCUGGUGUGACUCCAGCCCAGGGCGGGCUCCUGAACCUAAACAAGAUGGUCCGACAAGUGACGGGGAAGAUGCCCAUCCUCUACUACUGGCCCUAUGCCUGUCACUGCAGACUUGGUGGCAGAGGCCAGCCCAAAGAUGCCACGGACUGGUGCUGCCAGAAACAUGAUUGCUGCUACACCCACCUGAGGAUUCACCAGUGCAGGCCCACGACUGACAAUUACAAAUACACCUUUUCCCAGGGGGACAUCCAGUGCUCUGUCAAGGGGAGCUGGUGUGAGCAGCAGCUGUGUGCCUGUGACAAGGAGGUGGCCUUGUGUUUGAAGCGCAACCUGGACAGCUACAACAAGCACCUGCGUUACUACUGGUGGCCCAACUGCCAGGGUCAGAAACCUGCGUGUUAG